AUGCCGACUACAGCACCGGAAACUUCCAGCGAAGGGUCGUUCGGAAGCAAGGAUGCGGCGGAACUUGUCGCUAGCGUGCGAGAGGUGUUUCGCAGCGGUCGCACGCGAUCUCGCGAAUGGCGGGAGACGCAGCUGCGAGGGAUCGAGCGGUUGAUGAUGGACGAGGAAGAGGCGAUCUUCGCAGCGCUCGCGAAAGACCUCAAGCGAAGCCGCGUCGAAAACGUCCUCUGCGAGACAGUGCAGGUGUACCAGUCAGCCAAGCAGGCCGCCAGCAGUCUGCGGCAAUGGAUGAAGCCCGAACGGGUGUCCACCAACUUUGUCAACAUACCAGCGCGCAGUGAGAUCGUUCCAGAGCCCUUUGGAGCCGUCCUCAUCUUUGCUGCCUGGAACAUGCCAUUCUUGCUCUCACUGGACCCACUCAUUGGAGCCAUAGCAGCGGGCAACGUGGCAGUGCUCAAGCCCUCUGAGCUGGCGCCAGCGUCGUCCGCCUUGCUGGCGGAGCUGCUGCCGCGCUACGUGGACAAGGAGGCCGUGCGCGUGGUGGAAGGCGGUGCUGACGUGGCAACCGCCCUGCUGGAGUGCCGAUGGGAUAAGAUCUUCUUCACAGGAGGAGCCUCCAUAGGGAGGAGGGUGCUGGCAGCAGCAGCGCAGCACCUCACGCCAGUGGCGCUGGAGUUAGGCGGGAAGAACCCCGCUUACAUUGACAGCUCCGCGGAUUUCAAUAUAUGUGUGAAGAGGAUAGCGUUCGGCAUGUGUGUGAACGCGGGGCAGAGCUGCCUCUCGCCCGACUAUGUGCUCGUCGAGGAGGCAGUUGCUGAUCAAUUCACGGACCACUUACGUCGCACCCUGACCUCCUUUUAUGGUUCGGAUCCGAAGCAGAGUCCGGACCUGGCGCGCAUCGCCACGCCUGGCAGCUGGGCUCGGCUGCACGCUCUGCUGUCCGACCCGGCCACACGGGAGCACAUAGUUGUGGGGGGGGAGACGGACGAAGCGACACGUUACAUCGCGCCCACCGUCAUUCGAGACGUGCCUCUGGACGCGCCAGUGAUGCAGGAGGAGGGAUUUGGGCCCGUCAUUGCCGUGAUCAAGGUGCGAGGAGUGGACGAGGCGAUCGACAUCAUCGCCAGCCGCCCGAAGCCACUGGCGCUCUACCUGUUCACAACGCACAGCACUGUGAUUGACCGCUUUGUCAAGGAGACCUCCUCGGGAGCUGUGUGUGUCAACGACACAACCUCGCAUUUUGUCAAUCCAGCGUUGCCAUUCGGUGGAGUGGGAGACAGUGGCAUGGGCAGCUAUCAUGGGAAGCACUCGUUUGAUUGCUUCAGCCAUCGCAAGGCGGUCAUGGUGAAAGGCACCCUGCUUGACUUCCCGGAGGCACCUCCUUUCGUAUUCGCGGGAUUCAUCCAGCAGAGUACUCAUUGA